UUUUGAAAUACUUGGCUUAAAACGAUUUGUUUUGUCAAUUGUUCAUUGAGCGUGAAAUUUUUAUUCAAAUAUUUGAUCUCUCGUUUUGACAAACUUCGAUUUCGUAGUUCAAAUGCGGGAAAAGUAUAAAGAAAUCCUGAUCGAUAAGUACGAUGAUCUAUCACGUGUGGACUGCUUCGAUCGUUCAACGUGAUCCGAAAUAUUUCUGAAAUAAGCUUACAAAAGCAAUGGAGCAUAUAUUAGCUACCAUGCGAUAAUACUCUCGUCCAUGGUCCCCAUACAGCUGCUUUAGUUCAAGAAGAAAGGUUCCCAAGUCAAAGUUGCACGUCUAAACCAUCCCUGUUACAUUAUCUUCGGCUGCUAAACUGUUAUAGACAAGUUGGCUUAAAUAUGCGUACCAAAUGUACUAAUAUGUUAUUAUAAACCAAAUAUAUAUUCCGAAUACCAUGCUUUCUAUCAGCGCUAUUUUAAAAUUCAGGAUAAAUUGCAGGAGUGAUAUUAGACAUCUAUUUAGAUACUUCAUCCAUCCUUAUGCAGGACUCCCGGAUAUUGUGAUAUUAUCAGAUAGUUUCUAAUCAGAUGCUAUUAGAUAUCCAUUUAAAGAUACCCUCAAGAUACCCUCCUCCUCUAUGCGGGACCCCGAACUCGAUAUUAAAUAUAAUUAUCCUCAUUUUUACUAAGAGAUUACAUUGCCAGCAAUAGUUUACACAGAAUAUAUAAAAAUAUAGAUUUUUUUAGUGAUAUGUUAUGAAAUUCUGUUUAUGGUAAUGUUAUGCUUACUUUACAGGCCAUGCAAACUUUACAGGCCAUGCAAAAAAAACCUUUAAUAUAUUGUAACACAUUUUAUUACUUUUUUAUUAAAAGACAAACCACAAACACCAAACAAGAAGAUAGUACCACGGCUUAAGGCCUGUCCAGAAUGUGGUACAAAUUGUCCUACUGCAUGUCGCAGCUGCAAAAAUGAAAACUGCUCAUACAUUUUUGCAAAGAAGGUCAAGUCGAACCAUGAUGCUAUUGAAAAGAAAGGGACAACCAACCCAACCAAUCAAAAAGACAUGAUGUAUUAUAGGGUGUGUGAUAUUAACAAUUACAAUAACAUUUUUCAUUUAUUAUAUACCAAGUGUCAAAGUUCACGUUUUCUAGUAUCUAAUUUUGGUAGAGGGUGCAUCACCUGAACUUGAAGAAAUUUGACGGUUUCCCCAGGCAACAAUGAUGGCAACAGUACAAUUUAAGUUCUGUGAAUUAAACUAAACCGGAAGUCACACAACUUUUGCAUUCAUUCAUGUCAAUAUUUACAAAUGGUUUACAUAGAGUUUGCUUUUUAUUCCCUCACAUUUUGCAUUCACAUUGUGACACUUUCUAUGAUAAUAAAGCUUUCAUUGACUGGAACCUUGGGAAAGCAUUGUUUUGUGUUAAAAUAGGACAACAAAACCUGCUGUUUCCCUCAGUCCCAGUCAAUAAAGUGUUAAUUAAUAGGUUUUCUUAAAGGUGCCAGCUCAACCACACUGCGCACCAUGUGCAGAUAAACGUGUGUAUGCAGAACCACCAUAUCGCAUUUGGAACCUCUGUGUGUGAGCAAAAGAAGGGUAAGGUGCCAGCUCAACCACACUUUGCACCAUGUGCAGAAAAACACAUGUAUGCAGAACCACCAUAUCGCAUUUGGAACCUCUGUGUGUGAGCAAAAGAAGGGCAGACGUCCUGCAUCAGAAACACCAAAAUGACAUUGUCAUUUUGACAUUUAAAAAACAUGGUCUGGGCACAACAGUAGAGUGCUAUGGCACAGAAGGUGCCGGUGCAGCCUUUGUUGGGCACGAGGGAGAGAAGCCUGCCCAUGAACUUGGGAAAAUGGUUAAGAAAAUGUUUGAGACGUUUAUGGAAGAAUACAGGAAGAAAAACAGGGUACCUGAUCCAGAACCACCACAACCCUUCAGUUUUCAAGAUGGUGCAACAGGUGGACCAAUGCUAGGCGCACCUUCAACAGCUAUGCCACAUGCUGCUGCUGCCACUCCAUCUAGCACAACACAAGUGCCACCAGCACCUACAACAUCUGGGCAACAGCCACCAGCACCUACAACAGCUACGCCACAGCCAACAGCACCUACAACAGCUACGCCACAGCCAACAGCACCUACAACAGCUACGCCACAGCCACCAGCACCUACAACAGCUACGCCACAGCCAACAGCACCUACAACAGCUACGCCACAGCCAACAGCACCUACAACAGCUACGCCACAGCCACCAGCACCUACAACAGCUACGCCACAGCCACCAGCACCUACAACAGCUACGCCACAGCCAACAGCACCUACAACAGCUACGCCACAGCCAACAGCACCUACAACAGCUACGCCACAGCCACCAGCACCUACAAAAGCUGGGCAACAGCCAACAGCACCUACAACAGCUACGCCACAGCCAACAGCACCUACAACAGCUACGCCACAGCCAACAGCACCUACAACAGCUACGCCACAGCCACCAGCACCUACAAAAGCUGUGCCACAGGCUACUGCUACUCUUUGUAGCACAACAAAAUCUACUUUGUCAGCAUCAGCAUCCCCACCGCCCUUCACUGUCACAUCUAAAACAGAUACGGUAAUGUAUAAAAAGGAUGAUAUCUGGUUGGCUGCUGGGAUUUUGAUGCCACAUUUAACUACCCUCCAUGGCCAUGAAAUCCCCCCGAACCAUGUGUGUGUUCAGCUCACAUCAGUCAAGGAUAACGUGGAAGCCCCUCUUGUUUUAGGGAAUAGCGUGGAGAACAGAUAUUUGCAAAAGGGGAUGUUCUUUGCUCUACCAAAGGAUUCCUUGUGUAAAGCAGUAAUGGUAGGCCUGAACAGGUUAGCUUUACAGAAAUUGUGUUGAUGCACUAAACGUUUCUCCAGCAAAUCAUGGUGCCCCUGUAAGUUAUGACUUUGUUGGGUUUUAUUUGGCUGUAUAUCAAAUAAACCUCCAUACAUUACCUGGCUAUUUGCGCACUUACUCUCAAAUGAUGCUUUGCAAGUUUAGGAGCUACAUCGGCCAUCAUCCACGUGUUGCUGGAGAAACGUUUGCUAAAACAGGUGUUAGAUUUACCACUUGGCUUAAAUUGCACCCUAGUUCCCAAAGUUGUGUGAGGAACUUAACGAUUUCCGCAUAAAAAUAAUUUUAUAGCAGUUUUCCCCUAACCUUUUGCGCAAAAACUGGCUAUAAAAUCAUCUUGAGAAGGAAAUCGAGAAUUAUAUCCAGAUAGACAUAUUUAUUUCGCACUUCUAGCAAUGUUCAUAUAGUAUAUCGUUAUGUAUUUGAGGGAGCAGGCCCCCUGGAAUAACUAUUCAGCUAACGGAGCCAGGGCGCUCAAAGUUGGUGUUUCAUCUUCAUAUUUUUUAAAUAUUUAUUCAUCGGUGACUAGGGUGCAAUUUAAACAAAGUGAUAAAAUCAAAACGUUUACCGCCAAGAAAUCCCGAAUCGGACUCCAUACCUCUGUUUUUCAUUAAAAAAAUAUAUAUAUGAAAAAUAAUUAGAAAUUGAUGCACAAAUUUACACAUCCGCGUAAUUGUAUCUAUAAAGAUUGUUGUGGAAACCACUCUAUAUCUACAUUUUUAAAUUAGCCACUUACUCUCUGAUUGUCCCUUAGUAAGGUGAUUAUUUAUGAUUCUGAGACAGCUUAGAUACAAGAUAUAUUUUUACAAAAAUGUAAUAAAUUCAUUAUAUAAAUUUAUUUUAUUUUGUACAGGUAGGGGCUUUUACAUCAGUUACAGUUAUUACAUUUUGAUGUCGCUGUCAAUUUUUUCACUUAUCAAAGUGAUUAUUUUCUGAAUAUUUAACAGCAGAGAUUCAAGAUGCAUAUAUCAUAUAUUUUUAUAAAAAUCAAAUUAUUUAAAUUUCCGAAAUAAUUACUGCUGUUUUCUCAAUUCUGUGAACUCUCACAUGUAGCACUGAGGCUUAGUGACGUGAGGCAGGAGGUGGGUUUAACAUUGUAAAUCAUUAGCGAGAAUUCGCAGAAUCAUGGAAACUGCAGUAAAUUAUCAAUUUUUUUAAGCUUUACUUAUGGAAGAACACUUUUUAUGAACUUAUUUUUGCAAAUGCGCGAGUCCCUUUCCCUUUUAUAUCAUUUAUACACCUGCCUGUUUUAGACUUCUUCUCUCUUGCAUUUGAAAAGUGGAACAAACUUUCUGCAUUUUAACAAAGAGCUCUCAGAACAAAAAUGGUGACCAUUUGCCAACUUCAACUCAAAUUAUUUGUACCUAGGGUUUGAGCACCAAUCUAUGGAGUGCAAAAUAUUUAUAUUGCCAUUAAACUAAAAAAACGUUUCUGUGAUUUCAUGUAUUGGGAUGACAAAGGCAGCGAAGUAUUACAUUGCCGCGGUGCAAUUUUGACCAUGAACCACCAUUCUCCCAAAUGAAAAGUGUUCUCCUUUUUUUAAAAAAAUUGUAAUGGUUUUUAUUAUUUUUACAGAGAGAGAUAUCUAUAUUGAAGAGUUAUUUUUAUAAAACUAUUUAUAAAUAUGUCAUAAAAUUCACAGAACACAUUAUUAAAAUAGUACUUUAUUACAAUUUUAUUUACAAAUUCCUUCAAAUAUCUAGUUUUGUUGACAUUAAAUAAAAAGUAAAAACAAA